ACUCGGCCGCCUGAGCGUUCUGGAGGUCAGCCAUCCAAAACCAGCUUCACCAAGCUAAAGUCAAAAGGUGUUGGUAUUAAAAUGUCUGACAACGCCAGUGACACCUCAGCCACUGGAGACAAAGCAGAAAUUGCCAAGAUUCCUGAAGAGAGUGAAUUUUCACCCAAAGACACAGAAGCCCCCUGUGAUUCAGCUGUGAUUUCAAACGAGCCGACAGCAGCUGAUGCCAGAGGCGAUGGGCAUGAAAAUGCCACUGUCCAGGGUGCAGAGACCACUGACUCUGGGCACCCUGAGUGGCCCCAACACAGCAGUGUCAUGGAGCACCCCCUCAAUGGAGAAGUGACUGAUGACACCCUUGUUGAAUGCACUGACCCCGUGAGCCUCGAGGCAGAGCUCGGAUCGGAAAUACCCCUGAAAGAACAAAUUAAUCAGGCUGUGGAUUCACCUUCCCGUGGAGGAGGAUGGGCAGGCUGGGGCUCCUGGGGCAAAUCUCUGCUCUCAUCAGCGUCUGCUACAGUAGGUCAUGGAUUGACAGCAGUCAAGGAAAAGGCAGGGGCCACCCUGCGGAUUCAUAGUGUCAAUUCCAGCUCUCCGGAAGGGGCCCAACCUGGUGCUGAAAAUGGAGUCCCUCAGAGUGUGGCCACAGAUCAGAGCCCUGCAGAAAGCCCACCCACUUCUCCUGCAUCUGGGAUGGGCAUGCUGUCAGCCAUCACCCAUGUGGUUCAAAACACAGGUAAAAGUGUCUUAACAGGCGGUCUUGAUGCUUUGGAAUUCAUCGGUAAGAAAACCAUGAAUGUCCUCGCGGAGAGUGACCCAGGCUUUAAGCGGACCAAGACGCUCAUGGAGAGAACCGUUUCCUUAUCGCAGAUGUUAAGGGAAGCCAAGGAGAAAGAGAAGGAGAGACUGGCCCAGCAGUUGACAGCCGAGAGGACUGCCCACUAUGGGAUGCUGUUUGAUGAAUAUCAAGGUUUGUCACACCUGGAAGCUCUGGAAAUUCUCUCCAACGAAAGUGAAAGCAAGGUUCAGUCAUUUUUAGCAUCCCUCGAUGGAGAGAAGCUGGAACUCUUAAAAAACGACCUGAUUUCCAUUAAAGACAUCUUUGCAGCCAAAGAAUUAGAGAAUGAAGAGAGUCAAGAAGAACAAGCCUCAGAGGAAAAGGGAGAAGAAUUUGCUAGCACGCUUACGGAACUUCUCUUUGAAUUACACGUCGCGGCCACGCCUGACAAGCUCAAUAAGGCCAUGAAGAAAGCGCAUGACUGGGUAGAAGAAGAUGAGGCUAUGGUGUCCAUAAAUAUGGCGGAACCAUCGGAGGAGAGCACUGGAGAGGAAGAGACGGAAGAGAAACCAGAAAAUCCUGAAGAAGACAAACAGGAAGAAAGGAGAACUAAGACAGUUGAGGAAGUAUAUAUGCUGUCCGUCGAAAGUCUGGCAGAAGUAACAGCACGCUGUAUUGAGCAGCUUCAUAAAGUAGCAGAAUUAAUUCUUCAUGGGCAAGAAGAGGAAAAACCAGCUCAGGACCAAGCAAGAGUUCUGAUAAAAUUAACUACUGCGAUGUGUAAAGAAGUGGCCUCCUUAUCAAAGAAGUUUAUGAAUUUUUUAACCACUGUUGGGAGCGACAAGAAGGCCGAGGUCCUUAACCCCAUGAUCAAUAGUGUCUUGUUAGAGGGCUGCAACAGCACCGCGUACAUCCAGGACGCCCUCCAGCUGCUGCUGCCCGUGCUGCAGGACUCACACAUCCAGAUGGCUGGCUCAGAAGCACAGCCGGGUCCUGGCCAGACUCCAUCCAGUUAAAGAGGUGGGCAGGCCUCAUGGCUUCGAGAUGUACCAGAUGUUUUCUCCACAUCUGGCCCCAGACGCCCCUUGGAGGACUCCAGGAGCAAUUUUGCACGGACAGUAUGGAGAAUGCAAGUUGAAAGAAAGCAUCCUGUCUCUUACUGUAUAUGGUGGUUUUAUAAGUAAUUGUGUUUUCUUUACGUUAAUUUAAAUUUACAUGGCUUUAUAUUGA